AUGGUGGUCAUUGGAGAAAAAAUUGAGGACUAUGAAGUUCAUAACUUGUUGGGACGCGGAGGUUUUGCCUGCGUCUAUCACGGGAAGUGCAAGGCCAGUGGAGAUGAAGUUGCCAUAAAGAUGAUUGAUAAGAAGGCUAUGUCUUCUUCUGGGAUGAUAAAGAGAGUCCAGCAGGAAGUCUCCAUUCACUAUCGCUUGAAGCAUCCCAGCAUUGUUGAACUGUAUACUUUCUUUGAAGAUGAGAAUUAUGUGUAUCUUAUUCUUGAACUAUGCCACAAUGGGGAAUUCCAAAAGUAUUUGAAGAACCAUGGAAAACAGCUAAGUGAAGCACAAGCUGCACAUUAUUUGAGGCAGAUAGUGAAAGGACUGCUUUAUCUGCAACAACACAAGAUUCUCCACAGGGAUCUCACAUUAGCUAAUAUCUUACUGACAAAGGAUAUGGAUGCUAAAAUAGGAGAUUUUGGCUUGGCCACUCAGUUGAAUCGACCUGAUGAACGGCAUCUGACCAUGUGUGGAACACCAAACUUCAUCUCUCCUGAAGUGGCAACACGAAGUUCACAUGGCCUGGAAACUGAUGUCUGGAGUGUUGGCUGCAUGCUCUAUACAAUGCUUGUUGGAAAACCCCCCUUUGACAGCCAAGCAAUACGAAGCACUCUGACUAAAGUUGUCAUGGGACAUUAUGAGAUCCCUGAUGGACUCACCAUAGAAGCAAAGGAUAUCAUCUCUGGGUUAUUGAAAAAAAAUCCCAUGGAAAGGAUGAAGCUCAGUAACAUUCUGACUCAUCCUUUCAUGAGAAAGUACAACCAGACUUUCUAUGGGGAAAGUGGGCUUUCCUUGGAUAGUGGGAUGGGAACUAUGAGUACAAGAUCCCAACCAGCUAACAUUUUAACAAUGAAUCCUUUGCCUGAGAAGCUGAUUCUGAAAGAUGUGAAGAAACUAUCUCUUCAAGAGACAACUCCCUCUUGUGUCACCAGCAAUGUCAAAGGCCUUCCAGCAUCAGCAGACCCCGAAGUUGGCAUAUGCCUGAAUCUCAUCACCAUGGACCUCAUCUUCAUCCUGAGAAGGACCAAUCUUGGUUACUGCUGCCAUUCCCAGUGUCAUCACAGUCAAUGUGGAGAUUUGGAAAAACAUAACAAACAAGAGCAAGAGCAGGAAACGCCCAAAGAAACAUUAUGGAAUCUUACAGAGCCUCUGAAUUCUAAGAGACUGAAACCAAUGAGACAAAGGACAAAGAAUGCCAUCUUGAGUAUCCUUCAGGAUAGUGAAGUUUGUGUUGAGUUCCUGAAAACAAGGCAUGGGAUUGAGAAGGUGGUGGAUGUCUGCAGAAUCUCAGAAGAUGGUCUCAGGGUAGUGAUGUACCGUGUCAAUCGUGGGAAAGGUUCAGAGCCUAAGGAUGAUCCUCCCCCAGUGCCGCCAGAAGGAGCUGAUUGGCUGUUCAACUUUGAAAGUCUUCCUGAAAAAUAUUGGAAGAAGUAUCUCUAUGCUGCUCGUUUCAUCAGCCUAGUGAAAGCAAAAACACCUAAGGUGACGCUGUAUAGUUCCAGGGCCAAGUGUCAUUUGAUGGAAAAUGAACCAGAACAUGAUUUUGAGGCUUGCUUUUAUCAGGGAGAAAGAAUAACUCAAGUGAAAGGUAACAUACAAGUAACUGAUGGGACUGGGAAGACAUGGACAACAAGUAUGAAAGAAUAUUUCAACUUGGAUUCAUCCAUUCAAGAUCUGGUCAAACAUUCUGAAGAGUGCUACAGUCAUUGCUUGGAUGUGGAGAAGGUAAUGACUGUGCUGGAGAAGAAUUCUAAUAGGUCAUGUUUCCCCAUUACCAUUGGAAGAAAGCAACCACCUCAAAAGGAUGAGACACAUAGCCACAGCAACAAGGAAAAUGAGUCUUUCUCACCUCAGCACUUCCCACUCACUCCUCUGGGGUCCUGGGAUGCACAAGUUGUAGAUGUGGUUGCUUGGCUGACACAACUAAGAGACUUUGGUCUUCAAUCCUAG